UGAAACUUACGGGUCCAAUAAAUGGUAAUAGAUUAAAUAUUACCGAUGAAAUUUUAAUCACGUCUUUUCAAUAGUGCAUAUUAACAAACGAAUCAGUUGGCAAUAUUAUACUCAACGCAUGGCUAAUUUUCUUCAACGUUCCUUAGCUCAGGGAUUUUGAAUCAAAGUGUUCUACAUUUGUACGUUUCACUUGGGUUUUCACGUUGGACGAACAUGACAAAGAUGAAUUAAAGAUCGUCAACUAAGGUUGUUUUCUGGUGCUUCAAGAUGCAGAGGCCUAAACCAUUCAUAACCAUAUUCGUUACUUCUAACCAUUGUUUUUUAGCAUUCAAUCUCUCUUUCGGAUUUAAUAAAAUAAUUUUGUUCUAUUUUUCCGUGACUGGCCUUCAUUAAUCCUCUUAGGUAAUUGCUUCAUUAUUUUUGCUAGUGAGUGUUUGAAAUCCCUUCGCAUUUUAAGUCGUCACAUCAGUUGCGUCAACGGUAUUUCCAUUAUCACAGCCCACAGUCAAAUCCGUCAAUGUAUUUAUUAUUUCUAAUGUGUUAUGCCCCCACACAUGAGUUGCAUUAUUGGCUUAGAUAUACCCGUUGCCUUAACGAUCAUUCACUACCUCUGUGCGUCAGUGAGGUAUACAUAUGAAGAACGAAACACCACUAUCUUCGUAGCUUGUAACACAACUUGAAGUGCAAAUCUUUACAAUCAUGUUUUCAAAGGCUAUUUUGCUGUUUGUAGCUGUCCCAUUGUCCUUGGCUCAAGAGACGCCCCUGGUUCGAAUUCUACCUGAAAAAAGUUUCACCGCCAGCUCUUCUUACAACGACUCCGUCAAAGCGCCUAACGUGCGUUUCGCGAGAGGAAUGUUCGUCUCGUCAGCGUCCAAGGAACCCUGGUGCCCAGCUACGAGAGAAGAUUAUGAUUACGAGAAAGAGUUUGUAAUUGCGGACUUGGGAUGCCCACAAACAGUUCAUAGAGUGGAGGGAAAAGAUCCUCAUGCACUGUUUUAUUCCGGGGAAUACUCUAACAACAAGAAAAAAUGGAAGAUUUUAGCAUCAGAGGACGAGACAUAUUAUGAUAAAAAUAUGAAAGUAAGUGUCACAUCUGAGACCGAGGCAAUGUUUCACCCACGGCCUCGUCCUCAGGCUCCGUCGGUGAACAGCCCCAUAGCUCCACGCGCACCGCGCUCAAAUUAAGGAGUGACGCCUGGGGACGACGUAGUUUUAUCUCGUCCAGUAAGUUGAUGAGAAGUACCAAAGGUUCCUCAGGUUUUAAGAAAACAGAAAAAAAGCUUUCUUAUGCCUGUCUUCGUUCCAAUGAAACUGCA